CAAAAAUUCCAAAGAAGAAGAAGAAGAAGAAAAGCGGCAGAAUAAACGCGUGGUGUACUGUCUUAUGGAAGUUUGUUCGCUAUUGAUUUUUGUAUUUGAAGGACAGAAAUGAGCGAAAGUCCUCUAACUUCAUCAGUGUCAAAGGGAUGUUUUGUUUUUAAGUCAGCCUCUAAAAAGAGAAAGCGACAUGUAGGAGUUGGUGGAUAUCUGGUGGAUGAUAGUGACGAUAACGGCAACGAUCGCUUUAGGAUCUGUCAGAAAUUAUGGGAAACUGUUCAAAUGAACACCGAGGCAAUACAAGAUCAGUUGAAUAAAAAGGUACUUGACAGUCUUGCAGAGUUCAUUAAAAAGCAUGGCCUCGGCUGCUCAUCUGAUGUCUGGAGACAGAGAGCCAGUGAAAUCCCCACAGCUGCUCUGAUGCUGGGGGUAAAUGUGCCAGAUCAUGCCAUGACAUUUCGAAGUCUGUGUAAUCUCCUUCAGGAUUCUGUCACACCGCUUGUGGUGUCUGUUCAUGCCAAAGAAUGUGCAGCUGUGAAGCUCUUGAUUCAGAAGGUUCUAGAGCAGCUGAUGGGAAGAGGAGUGUCAGUGGAUGAAGAACAGGAAGAUGAUACAGCUUUGCUUCAAAGGACACAGUGUACUAUUAGUGCUCUAUGUCAGUGGUACAAGACUGUUACCAAGAAAUGCACCCAAGUUUCUCCACAAAGGAAUGAAAACUUGACAAAUAGUGACUUGCCUCAGAAUUUGCCUGUUGUCGUGAUCUUCAAAGACUUUGAGGCAUUCAACUCACAAGUUUUACAGGAUUUUAUCCUUAUUUGCAGUCGAUACACUCAGGAGCUUCCAUUCAUCUUUAUUUUUGGCAUUGCCACGUCUCCCAGUGCUAUUCAGCACAGGCUUCCCCACUCGGUGUCAUCAUUGCUCUGUAUUGAGGUCUUUCAUUCUCUCUCAUGUACUCAGCAUUUAGCCUCUGUUUUUGACAAGCUCAUUCUGAAAUCUCAGUUCCCAUUCAAGCUCAGCAGUAGGGUGAUACAGGUGCUGGUUGGCAUCUUCCUCUACCAUGACUUCUCUGUUCAGAAUUUUGUUAAGGGCCUACAGUUCUCCAUGUUGGAGCACUUUAAUAGCCAGCCUCUCAGCGUGCUUUGCUGCCAAAAACAAGAGGCCUUGCUUUCUGCCAAGACAUUGAGCAAACAAAACGUUGAACGAAUCCGCCAUCUACCCUCGUUCAUGAGGUAUGUGGAGACUCAGGAGCCCCAGGAACAGGUGCAGCUCCUUACCAAUGAUGAACAUGUCAAGGAAGUAUGUCAAAAAUUACUGAAAAACCUCCAUAAAUACCACAAGAAUUACUAUCCCAUUCUACAGUGUCUGCACUCUUUGACCUCAUCACUGCCUAAGUUUCCUCUAGGAAAGCAUAUACGAGAACUCCAUGUAUCCUGCAUUGAGAAGAAUUUGUGGGAGACGGAGGAAUAUGACUCAGCCUUGCAGCUUCUGAGGAUUCUAGCAAAAGAUGAGCUUGUUGCAGCUUUACGGAAGUGUGCUGAAAUUCUUAAAUCUGCCAGUACCAAGAGAAUGCAAAAUGUUCUGCAACAAUUGGAAGAUUUUAUUGGCAGAUUGGAAGCACUGGAGGGUGUCUCUUCAGAAGAUUCCUCUGGAAAUGGCGUCCUCUCGGGAAAAAUGAAAUAUCAGAGAACAGAUCUCUUUCAGCUUCAAAAGACUCUGCUUGAAAAAGAGUCCAGAAGAACAAAGAGAAUGAAUCCAUUCGAAGUGCUUCGAAGUCAGGUGAUGGAGUUUAUUGACAGCCUUGUGAGAGAAUACUUGACUCCAGCAGAACUCCAGCCACUCAAUGAAGUGUGCUACUACAGUUCCUCUGGGGUCCUGAGACAGCGACUCAAUGUCACCCCACGGACAUCCAUUCAAGCUGCUCUCAGUCAUCCUUUCUACUAUUUGCAGAAUGAAAGCCUGAAAACAGACACUGGCACAAUCUCCAGUGCUGCACCAGACCUCUGCAUUGUAUACAAGCUUCAUCUUGAGUGUGGAAGACUCCUAAAUCUAUAUGACUGGCUUGAGGCAUAUGUAACUGUGAUGUCAGCUGCUGAGGACCAAGAUACUGAUUCUGAGGAGUGUGGCAAAUUUGACAGCCUUAAGCAUGCUCGUUUCAUUCAGGCUGUUUCAGAGAUGGAAUUUCUUGGUUUUGUUAAAUCAACAAAACAGAAGACUGACCAUGUGGCAAGACUGACUUGGGGAGGUUGUUAAAGAAAUGCAAAGCAUUGUUUCCUGAGCACAAGAGACUGGUCUGACAUGCAUGGAAUAAUGAUGUAUUUUGCACCACAACUGUAUUUUGUACUGUUAGCUGUAUUAUACAUGUUACUAUUACCUUUUUUU